AUGUUGAGUUUAUUAGCUAAUCACAACCUAGUAGCUAACAAGAAGAAGUGUUUUUUUGCCCAACAAAGUGUGGAGUAUUUGGGGCACAUGAUCACAGAACACGAUGUAGCUGUAGAUCCUAGAAAGGUGACCAGUGUGAUGCAAUGGCCACAACCUAAGAAUGUAAAAGGGGUGAGAGGGUUCUUAGGACUCACAGGAUAUUACAGGAAGUUUAUAAAGGAUUAUGGAAAAAUUGCUAGACCAUUAACUGAGCUUACCAAGAAGGAUAGUUUCAAAUGGGGAGUGGAAGCUCAGCAAGGCUUUGACGAGUUGAAGGAGAGGCUUACAUCAGCAGUUGUGUUACCUUUACCAGAUUUUUCCAAGAGUUUUUUGAUUGAGUGUGAUGCUUCAGGAGGAGGAAUAUAG